AUGGAAGAGAAAUGUACGGUUAUGUUUAAGGAAAUUGUGGAUAUUGCCGCUGCAAAAUCAGCUGCACAUGCAACUUCAUCUUCCAACCAAUGUUUCAUCAAGAAGGAAUCUGAAUUACAUUAUGCCAAGGCUGGUUUCAAGAAAAAUGGAAAAGAACGAAGUCACGGUAUAUCGUCAGUACCGGUGAAAGAGCACGCCCCCUUUCCUUUCGCCAUAAAGGAGAGGGUUGAAAAGGAGUUGGAGCGAUUGGAAUCACUAGGUGUCAUAGAACCAGUAGAUUAUAGUCCUUGGGGAACACCGGUUGUUCCCGUUUUGAAAAAAGAUGGAUCUGUCAGGUUAUGCGGGGAUUUUAAAGUCACUUUAAAUCUUUAUAUUGAGAUUGACCAACAUCCUCUUCCUCGAGUUGAGGAGUUGUUUGCAAAAUUGCAAGUCGGCGAAAGUAACGAUUUCGACACAUAA